AUGCCCAUCUUAGUUCUUCUGGCCAUGGACGCCGCGAUGGCUUUUCAGCCCGGGAGACACACGAACGGUGGCCCAGCGGCGUCGGCGUCGGCGGCGGCGGGAAAAGCAAGAAAACAAGGCCCGGACUUGUCUCGCCCGCCCGCCCGCCCGCUCGCCCGCAGCACCCCCCUUCCCCUUCUUAUCUCAAGCCACGAACGGCAAGCCUCGUCAGUCGUCACACGCCUCAUCGACAAGAAGCGUGCUUCCCUUGGGUCUUCUGUUCCUUCACGUGCCAGGGCGCUAGGUGCCCCCCCCCCCUUCCGUCCCCCCUUCAUGAAGCUUGACACGGACGCGCUAGACUGGCGCCGUCGUCCGCCAUCACUCUCAAGCGAGGUCUGA